GGAGAGAUAGAGCACGAGAGGGAAAGAGGGGAGGACAGUUCGCCUCUGCAGCGCUGCAAGGACAGCGUGAACAUCGCUAGGACACAGACGGACUCAAGCUCUCAACAAUCACACAUUCUUCACCAUGACAACCAUGCCAAUCACUGCACUGGACUGACAGCUGUCAAUCACAGGAGAAGAUUAUCAGGAUCACCUGCCACAGGAGAGAUUACAAGCUACAAUAGGGGACUUAAGAGGAGUAAUUCCAACUUGUGUUUGGUUACAAGUUGUCAUCCAGGGGGAAAUAGGCCAUUUUUGAUCCCUCAACUAAUUUACGCCUGCAUGCGUUCACAUGUGCAUGCUUUAGGGGGAGCACGUACGUACGAGGUUGUCUUGCUUUGAAUCAGGGUCACAUUCUUGCUGGCUUUCACCCGUCAGUGCAGUGCCACAAUAAGCUUCAGUAGCCUGAGUUAGCGGGAAGCUCUGUUUAUUUAGCCUUUCGUCCACGAAAAAACAUGAGUGAGGGCAAGAAGGAGUUAGAGAUGAGGGACAAAGCCAUCAUGCACCAGCAGAGGAGACUGAAGCAAGCCACCCAGUUCAGCCACAAGGACUCCGCAGAUCUCCUGCCCCUGGAUGGGCUGAAGAGGAUGGGCACUUCCAAAGACCUGCAGCCCCACAGCAUCGUGCAGCGACGCCUCAUGGAGGGCAACAUUCCACGUUUGCGUGGAGAGGCCCGGGACAUCCCGUCUCUUGUUCGCUCACCCCUGGCAGACAGCAAAGAGGGCGGAGAGCCAGAGGAGAGGAGCGAGAGCACGGUGGAUGACUCCACGGAGGAGAGGGAGUCUCCAGAGGAGAGCGAGAAGAGCCUUAGGUCUGACGAAGAUGCGGAUAAUGAAUAUGAAGGGGACAGCAGCGAUGCAGGAGGGAAGACAGAGUCCAAACAGAAAGACAAAAUAGGAGAUGAGAGGAAGAAAGGUCUAAAAGAGGGCGAGAGAGCAUCCUCCCUCUCAGCUCUAGUGGUCCAGUGUAAGAGUGGAGAUGCAGAGGUGAUGUUAUCCAUAAACACAGGGUGCCAACACAACCACAUCUCUAAAACAUGCUGCAGACGACUGGGACUGAAAACCAACCAAGAAGACAAACCUCAAGACAGGCUGCCACUCAGUGAUUCAACAGUGGAGACAGUGAAGUCCCUGCACCUGCAGCUGGGCAGAGAAAGAGUUCAAUGCACUGCCCAGGUCAUAGAGGAUGCCACGUUUGAGGUGUGCUUGGGUCUACAGACUCUGCUGGAACUCAAAUGCUGUGUGGACCUGAACUCCAGAGUGCUCCGUCUCCACAGCACAGAGCAGGAGCUUCCCUUCCUGGAUCCACCCGCUUGCAGCCAGUGCCAUCACCAUGACAACAACAAAAACAUGUGACCUCGGACCUACGUGCCCAACAACCGCCAUGACCGUACCCGUGUAAUCAGAGAGGAAGUUGACGGAAGGACGCCUGCAUCUGGUCUGUAGUGUUCCCUUGUGCCAGAUCAACAUAGACAGGCCUCUCCUCUCUCUCUCUCGCAUCUUUCCUUCUUUAUUAUUCAUUGUUUGUUUCUGUGCUAUUUACAGAAAUCUGCCAACUAUGAUUUUUUUUAUUAUUAUAAUUUGCUGUGCUGAAUUAGUUUUGAUUAAAUGUAAUAAAGCUCAGGAGGAGGAAGGUCGUGUUCUGACAUGUUAAAAUUGCCUUUAUCAAAAUGACAAAAGGGGCAUGUGGUUAAUCCGCAAGAAAUUGAAUUAAUGUUUGAAGCCUGAUGAGUGAUAUUCUUUAAGUGGUGAUUUUAAUUACAAUACAAGUAAAUUAUAUUCUUGAACGUUAGAGUAACUGAGAGUUGACGAGAUACUUCACACUUUGGGAAACCUGAUUUUAUACUUUUAAAUGUGUCAAAAAAACAAAUCAGAAAGUUUCUUUCACAAAAACCUCAAAUUUAGCUAGAAAUCUCUCACCCGAAACUGCCUUUAACUAAACAAAGACUGUGUUUUCAAACCUCA